UAUAAAUGAGUGGAGCUCCGUCCAGUCAGCGGGGUUUGCUCGGCUCGUCAGCUGCUGAAUGGAUGUAACAUGGCGGAGAAAGGUAGCAGCAGGCAGCCGUGGUCCUCCCGGUCCACUUCUCCAGCACCGCAGUAGAACCGCCUGCUAGAUGCUGGACCAGGUGCGGGGAGCCUACACGGUUUAUCGGGACACUACAAGAGGAAAACUUGACUCCAAAAUGAGCCGACUCGCAACAGACGUGCAGGAGUCUGCAGAGGAGUGUACCCCCUCCCCACCGCUGCCUGCGGAUCAUGUGUUCAACUCCGGAGCCGUGUUGUUCCCUGGUGCUUUUGAUCAACAUGGCUGCCCUUUGAUCAUGUUCCCGUUGGACGCACAGGACAAACUCUCCUCAGAUCUCAGCAAAGCAGAAGUUGUGGACUUCAUCAAUUACUUUCUGUGUCUGCACAAUAAGAAGCAGGUGAAGGAGAGUUUGGUGUCAGUGGUGGCUGAUCUGAGGCAGGCCUCGCUCCAAACGACCAGGUUCAUUGCUGAGACUCUGCUUCUUCUGGAGUUGCACAAGCGGACGGUCCACAGUGUGUACAUCAUUCAGCCAAAAAAGAAAGAUGUUCUCAAGCUGUUGCUGAAACUUCUGUCUCCAUCAAAGUCUUACACGACCUCUUUCAAGAAAGUCCUCCUGAAAGAAAUCCCAGAGCUCUCAAACUACAUCGACAGAAGCCAGCUAACGGCACCGCUGGGUGGCUACCUCGUUUACUGUCACCACAGCUGGGUCGCCUUCAUCAAGGAGAUCCAUGGGUUCGUGCAGGAGUUCCUCUCUGUGGUCCAGCGGCUGCCUGCGUGCAUCUCCACCCUUCAGGCUCUGUCGAGGCUCCAGCUGCCCUCCACCUUCAGCGAACUCCAACAGUUCUGCUCCACCAACGAAGCCAAAUUCCAGCAGCUCAGGAGAGAGCUGGGGCUGGACAAGCUGCUGACUCGCUGUGAGAACAUUCUGGAGAAGCUGCGUUACCCAGAGAGCGAGGCGAGCUACCAGGCGAUGGCUGGCACGCCGCUCUUCACUCACACGGCCUUCGACAUGCUGCAGAACCACAGCAGGAUCACAGCAGCUGUGGAGAAAGUGGAGUUGUUGUGGCAGCAGGCGUUCUCGAAGGCCCGCCAGCAGCUGCAGGUGUGUCAGCUGAGGGAGGAUUCUCUGCAGGUCACAGAGCAGAUCAAGACUCUGUUUGAAGAGAAGCUUCAGUCGUACAAAAUCGAGAUCGCUCAGGACGGAGCCAGAGCAGCGAUGCUGGUGUCUGACUUUGAGAUGUCUGUUCACACUCCUGCUGUGGCUCUUGUCCGCUGGGCUGAAGAUGUGAUCCACACGCUGUCGGAGGUCGUGCUGUGUGAUGGGCUCCCCGCGGAGCGCUGGGCUCUGGAUCUGGAGAGGCUGAAGGAGAAACUUCACUCUGCUGUUCUCUUCAUCCUCCAGACACUCCGAGCUGUUUCCAGCUACCAUCAUUACUACAACAAGGCCUGCUGCUGGUACCGUCUGGUCCUCUGUGAGAACUUCCUGCAGGAGCUGCUGUCAGGGAUAAAUGGAGGAGGAGAUCCAGCACAGAGGCAGAGGAGGAGCAGGGGAUCGAGUCCUGCAUGGAGACACAAGAUGUCCUCAUUCCUGAGAAGGAAUCCUCCUCCUGAUCUGGAGGAGCUGGUUCAUCUGGCUCACCUCUCCUCCGUCAUCCCAGAUGAGGAGGUGCAGCAGGAGGGGAAGCAGAUCUCUCAGAGGUGUCUGACUCUGAGGAAGCUGCUCCUCUCCUCAGACCCCGUGUCUGUGGCUCACCUUCAGCUGGCCCUGCAGUGGCAGUACGAGCUGUUACGGAGCAACCACGUUGAUCCUUCCUCUGCUGAUGGUGCUACAAACGGAUCAGCUCAGGAUGUUCCCGACCUGAGGAGGUGUGAGAGUGUUAAAGGAGCAGCCGUUCUUCUCACAGCCUCUCCUCCAGCUGCAGUUCCUGGGUCGGUGUCAGCUGAGGGUAAACCCGCCUCCCUCAGCUCCUUCGACUCAGGCUUUGAUGGAGCUGGGAGCAGUCAGCUGGAGAUCAGGGACUCUGUGAGACCCGCUCUGAUCCAGCCUCAGACCAAGCCUCAGACCCACAGAGAGAACCUCUGCAGUGUUUCCGACUGCGAUGAUCUCAGAGAGGAGUUUGACUUCGGCUCCGUGGGAAACUCCUCCAGGGCGAGCAUCCAGAUCAUCCCCAAAGUCUCUGUGGAGUCUCUAAACUUUGAAAUCAAAGUGAAGCGCUCGGCUGCUCUGCCCAGUAAUCCCUGGCUCAGCCUGCCAGUGGACGAUCUGGAGAACUCGUACACGGUUACGAUCACGCAGAACCCCACGCUUCAAAAGAGAGACCUGCAGUCCAGCAGGUGUCGGGACCAGCCCACUCAGACGGACGUGUUGAGCAGCACUCAGCCCUGUCGGACUCAGACCAGUGACUGGAUUCUGCACUCACAGAGCAGUCUGGAGGACCCUGAACUGAGUCCCAUUCGUAACGUCCUCUCCAGCACCAUCACAGACCAGAGAGACAAGUCCACCUGUACCACUGAAGGUAUCCCCACGCUGCUCUGGGACUCUUACGACCUCCAUGACCAGGAGCAGGACUCUGUGGAUCGCCUGAUCGACAUGAAGGACUGGGAUGUGAGUGAGCAGGAGGGUUUGAUGGAGGUGGAGAGGAUUCUGGACAGAGCUGAUGAAAUACUGGAGAAAGAGGAGAACGUCCUGGCUCAGGAGGCGGUGCUGGACGCUCUGCUGAGGUCAGAGGUCAGGCACGAUCAGUGGCCUCAGUGGGACAGGGAGAUCACGCCCGGGGUGAUGUCGUCCAGUGAGCUGGCUGAAGCCGGUGUCCUUGGCCUCGACGAUGACCUCGAACCUGCAGAAUCUGACAACCUGAGUGGACCCAGAUCAGCUGGACCAGCUGAUGAAACUGAAGCAUUUGAAUAUGGCACUGCUUCAGCAGCAGCUACAGAGGCAGAGACCUACAGAGACCUGCUGUCAGAGCUUAGACAAGUCCAGGUCCUGGAUAAGCUUAUCAUGGAAGAGAACCUCAAGAUCCUUGAGCUCAGACGACGUGAAGAGAGCCCAGCUGAGGAACUAAUAAAGAGCAAACCUUUGGACGCAAACGGGCCUUUUAGUGUGAGCAAAGAGAGGGAGACUUUUCGUUUACAGGUGGAAAAAGAGAAGCUGGAGGUGGAGAAACUUGAGAAGAGUUUAAACAAAGAGCGUAAAAUGAAGAAGCACAAACACAGAGCUACAAAGGUGAUCAAAUGUUCUAUACUGGAGAAGGCCAGAAGUGAAAGCAUGGAGGACCAAACUCUCUGUGAUGAGAUGUUAUCAGGUAAAAGAUCACAGAGGACACACUCCACGGUUCAGGUUCACAGUGAUUCCCAGGACGAACAUGAAACUGAAACAGGUCCUGAAGUUUCCAAAGAUGCUUCACAGGAAUCUGAUUUACUUCCAGAUUCCCAAAAUCAGGAUUGUUCCUCUGAAGCCGAGCCAAAAGAAUUAAACAGAACUACCUUCAUUUGUACCUCUGAGUCAGAGGGGCCUCCUGAAGAGCCGGAGAUCAAACCUCAAGGAAGCGUUACCAAAGGAGAACCCGAGAGACCUGAGGAGGACGCUGCCAAACCAGAGUCUUCUUUAGCCAAUGAAACGAGGCCGGAUGAUGGAGCGUUUGACCCCGGUGGGAAUUCACACCUUCCCCCUGUACCCAAGCUAAGAAAGACUUUGCUUCCUGUGAAUGACAACCUCACAGAACUGGAUACUACUCAUUCCCCAGAGCUGCAGAGUCCAGCUCCUGUCUCAGUCCCUCAAGAUCCUGGCCCGUUGAAGUUUGAUUUCCAGGAUGAAGAAUUUGAUGCAGUACCAGAGAACUUGACUUCAGGUGUUGAUCACAGCUCGGUCUUCAAUCCUAAUGUGAAGGAACACAGCAACAAUAACAACAAUAACCAUGCAAACUCAGAGGUUUCAUCACAAGACUUACCUGACCUGACCUCUGAGGAUGAAGAGGACACACUGGUGGGACCUGCAUUUGAGCUGCAGACAGAUCUACCCCCAGCACAAGAAAUCCAGGCUCAGCUGCAUCCCGACAGUCCUCUGUACGAGUUUGACCUCAGAGGAAGAGACAAAGAUGAAGAAGACGAUGAAGACUGGCUGGAUGGUGUUCAGAGAUCUGAGAUCAUGAGGAUAUCAGGACCGAGGUCACCUGGGAUCCAGGCCCAGCUGGACAUCAGCAUAAGAGAGAUGAGUGACUUUAAGACCCCUGUAGUCCUGGAUACAGGGUCUGGAUUAAUGAAAGCUGGAUUUGCAGAUCAAGACCUCCCAAAUGUCAUAUUUCCAACAAUUAUUGGGCAGCCAAAAUAUGAGGAAAUAAUGAACGGUAACCUUGAUCGAGAGACUUACAUCGGCCAUGAAGCUCAGCACAUGAGAGGAGUCCUGGCUCUGAAGCAUCCCAUAAAGAAUGGGAUGAUCCAGAACUGGGAUGACAUGGAGAAGAUUUGGCAUUACACCUUCCAGCUGCUGUGUGUGGACCCAGUGGAUCAUCCGGUUCUGCUGACAGAGGCCGCCAUGAACCCCUUACAGAACCGUCAGCGCAUGGUGGAGAUCAUGUUCGAGUACUUCAGUGUUCCCUUCACCUACGUGGCCAUGCAGGCCGUUCUGGCUCUUUACGCAGCCGGGAAAUCCUCAGGUGUUGUGUUUGACUCUGGAGAUGGAGUGAGCCACAGUGUGCCGGUGUUUGAGGGAUACUGUCUGCCUCAUGCAGUGCAGCGCUUCCCUCUAGCUGGUGUCGAUGUAACAAUGCAUCUUAAAAAGCUCCUGCAGGAACAAGGCGUGUGCAUGCGCACCACAGCAGAGAUGGAGAUCGUGCGGGAGAUGAAGGAGAAGUGCUGCUGCGUCGCCCUGAACUACGAGUCUGAGCUGAGUCAGGGGAGGUCGUGCUGCAGAGAGAUGCAUUACACCAUGCCUGAUGGACAGGUCGUCAGCGUUGGCACAGAGAGGUUCAGGGCCCCUGAGAUUCUCUUUAAGCCCGAGCUCAUCGGACGGGACCAUUACGGCAUGCACGAGAGCAUCUUCAAGUCAAUCCUCAGCUCAGACAUUGACCUGCGGCGCUGCUUCCUGGGAAACAUUGUGCUGUCAGGAGGGAACACCCUGCUGACCGGCCUACCUGAGAGACUCCAGGCUGAAAUCAAAGGACUAGUCCCCUCGGACAUGGGGAAGAGUGUUCACGUCACCAGCCCUAAAGACAGAGACUUCUCAGUGUGGAGUGGAGGAGCAGUGCUGGCCAACCUCCCCUGCUUCAGCUCUACGUGGAUCAGUCAGGACGAAUAUGAAGAGCACGGACCACAGAUCGUCUUCAGGAAGUGCUUCUGAGACGGUCUUGCGUGUAAUAUACCAAUUAAUAUUUUUUAUUUCAUCAAGUGCAAUAUACAUACAGCUCUGAAACAGUGCCAUGGAUUCUUCCUUUGUUAAUGUUUGUCUGUCCUUUGUUUGUAUGUAUGUACUGUUUUAAACUUGCCGUCAGUGUGGAUCCUGACUUGUGAGCUCUUAUUUGACACCUUAGAGUUUCUAUUGACACUCAGCAUGAUAUAUGAUCUGUGCUAUAGGCCCUGUGAUAUAGGCUCUUCUCUUUGCUCUAGUCUCUGUGCUCUAAGCUCUGUGCUCUAAGCUCUGUGCUCUUAGCUCUGUGCUCUAAGCUCUGUGCUCUGUUUUCUAGGCUCUUGGCUCUGACCUCUGGCUCUGCGCUCUAGGCUUUGUGCUCUCUUCUUUAGGCUCUGUGCCCUAGGCUUUCAGCCCAAGGCUUUGUGCUCUACGCUCUUGUUUAUACUCGAGGCUCUUUGCUUCAUCUGUUGAGAUCCACGUACAUGGCAAGGUUUAAAUUUAUUUAAUAUGUUGUGAACAUGCCUGUCAGUGUUCCUAAGGCAUCUAUAACGAGUCUUAACCUUGCCACAUUGGGUUUUAUUUCUGUGUCCCGAGAAAUGUAUUAAGUGAGAUUUCUAAGCAUAAGUAUAUAAGCAUUUAUGAUCAAGGGACAAGAAUUGAAGCUGGCCUUUGAUUGGUGUCUACCAACCUUUCUAAAAUAAUUAAUUAAAGAACAUAUUAAUCGCCUAAUGUGCGUACUAUAUAAUCAAAUAUCAAAUAACAGAGUAUAUUUAUACAAAAAUCUAAAACACGUUUGUGUAUCAAAUGUUUAUUUUAUGUUUUACAUGGUGAAAGUUGCUUUAAUUUGGAGAGAGGUGGAUCAGUGCAGCUGUGCAGAGUUCACAAAAAAAAUAUGAACAGCAUUUAAUGAUCUUGAUGAUGGAUGAUUGGGGCGUCUGUGAGGAAGGACAAUGCUUCUGAAACCUUUUUUUUUUGAUGAUUCAUUUUGAGUUUUUUUUCCAUCAAAUGUUUGCUGGUGUUUUUUUCCCUUGAAAAUCUCCUCGUGUUGCCCCUCAGAAUAGUUUACUCCCAAUAGAAGUGGUCUCCGUCAAAUGAAAGAUCAUUGUGCAUAAGUUAUGGCUGCCUUUUAUGUGAACUGGAGAGGAGAAGUGUUCACUUUUAUUGUAUAAUGUUUGUUUUCUAGUAAACAUGAAGCCAAGUCAUUGCUCAUUAAUAGUUAUUUCCCAGCUGAGGAGACUCUUGGUCAACAUGUCCUUUGUUUGGUCCAUGGUGGAAGAUGUGAGGUGCAGUUUUGGUGUGUUGAUGCCUCUCACUUGUCUGUAGAAUAAACAGACGAUGUUAUUGCUCCUGCUGCAGGUACAGUGUUUGUGUGAUGUGUCUUCUGUUUCCACUGAUCUCCUUAUUGUUUCUUUAUUUUCCUCUACAUGAGGGCAGUGGUUGUGUGUUUGUUUUUUUUACACUAGUACAGCAGUAAUCUUUAUUUUCUGUGAAAGGUGUUCCAGUGUUGCCAAAAUUGCUGCAUUUAUCCUUUACCAUGAAUCCUGAAGGACCCUGAAGCCUCGUUGUAUAUUUAUAUUGAGUGCAGGUUUUGAAUGUUGUGUUUUUGCAUGGAAAUGUUUUGCUGCAUGUGAUUCAGUUACUUUUUUUUGCAUGUACGCCUUUUGUCUGGAUGUUUUUCGUUGUAUUUUGCUUCUCUUGAAGGCAGAGGGUUGUCAUGUGACCUCGAGCUCGGCUCUUAAAUGGAAAUCACUUUAACUGCAAUGACUCCAGUCUGAGCCUCGUGUGUGGCACAUAUUUCUCAGUCUGCUGUGUUUACUGACUCUAGUUUGAAGAAAACAAACCUCUCCUCCUCUAACUGUACUGUAACAGUCUGGACUGAGACGGCAAUGCUUCCCCCCAAAACCAUGCUACGUUUGUCAAGUCUGUUUUUAUAAUAAAUAUUUUAAUCAUCA